AUGGAUGCGUUUCCCGCCAGUUAUGUCGACCACAACCUUCCGCUGGUUCUUCUGUCAGGCCUCAGCUCGCAAGAGGAGUCCCUGUCUGCAGAGCCAGAGCCUGGCUUUGACGGCUCGGACGGCGGAGUUUGCAUCUUCUCGGAUUUUCCGCCUGUAACUGGUGCCACUGCAGAUGGAUUGCUAGCUUCCCUGCUGGCGGAAGAUGCCUCAGACUGGCCGUGGAACGCGAGAUAUUUCAGUCACAGGUCAAAUGGAGUCGGGUUUAGGAUUAGGGCAGCCGCAAGGACAUACACCCUCCCCCCACAAAAGGCUGUGAGGUCUACCGCUACAGAUACUACUGCUACUGCCCAAGGCCAUGAAGAAGGGCUGGGGGCCCCUCUCGUCCUCCAUUCGCCGCUUUCCCCCCUGACUCCCGGAUCCGAGGUCUUUCCUGAUGGCAUAGUCACUCCUAGAUGGAUCAGUAAACACCAAUGCCUUGUUCCGGCGACGUUCAUCAACUUCUUUCCCCUCACCACCGACACAAACAUGGCCUCCCUUAAGGAUAACCAGCUCAAGAUAGAGAUCAAUAGUUUAAAAAGGGAUUGGGCCCAGUCAGGGUAUAAAACUCGAUUUAUCGUCGUCUUCUUGUUUGAAGACGGGCCCGUUUUAGAUGACGCCAAUUACCGUAUCUCGAGUAUUAGAAAGGCUACCGGCCUGGAUCCUAGGAACGUCUUCACCCUCCCACCAAACCCAAACCCAGUCGAUAUCCAGAGAUUUGUAAAGUCCUUAAUCUCCGCCCUCCAGGGACCUGCAGUGGAAUACUACAGAGACUUGUCAAAGCAUAGCCGACGGAAACGAAACCGGAGCAGUAUUCCACCUCCAACCGCCCCCCCGACGAGCGGGACGUCACAGACUCUGUCCCUCCAGGGUUGGAAUGUUCGCUAUGAGUUCAAACUGGGUGUCUUUGCUGAGUUUCGUCAAGAGAUGGAUGCUGCCUGUCACAACUACGAGGGUGCGUACGACCUCCUCUUCGGAGAGGAGGUGUUUGGAUCGAUUGCUGGAUGGAGCCCAAAAUUUAAUGACGCCCGUAUGUUCGCAGACGUGCUUGCUUUACGGAUUCUACGGUGUUACUUGUGGGUUGAACAGACCACACCCGCCGUUCAAUUCUGGAAUGCGCAUAGAAGGCGGAUUCGGGAUAUCGUUACUCGCAAAGGAAAAGGGACAAGUAACUACGGAUGGGAGGCCUGGGAGGUGAACUGGUCCCUGGUGAUGGCACAACUACUGGAUCGCUCCCAUCUCGCUAGCUUUAUAGGCCGUGGGAAUCCCCCAGGCACCGGUGGUGAUCCAAGAGAAUCAGUCUACAUACUCUCUGAAAAGGCGGUCCUUUCGGGAGAGCGAAUAUCUCCCUGGGAUUUUCUCCACCACCGUGGCUACUGGCUAACACGGGCGGCUAAGCAUGCCGCUCGUCGGAGGCUCCUCGCUGAGAAAAUUCCACGGGAGGACCGUUCACCACCAGACCAGUCAUCGGGAUCACAGCGGAAAGCCUGGUCUAAUGUCUAUGACACAUACCAGGCUCCUGAACCUCAUAUCGAAUACCCCCUUGUUGACCAACCAGGCACCAACUACUCAAAGCAAAUCUUGGGCUUUCUAGGAGAAUCAGUAGCCGAAUUCGCAAAACGAGGCCAACUUCGUAUUGUGGAAAAGCAGAAGUUCGAGAUGGCUAAAGAGUAUAUCCGCCUCGAGUCUUGGGCAGAUGCCCUUCAGAUUUUGCGACCACUAUGGCUUCUGCUUUCUUGGAGAGACGAGGGAUGGUGGAACUUGAUGGAAGAAUGCGGCUGGUUACUCCGCGAAUGUGCCGUGCGCUGCGGCGAUUUUGAGACAAUUUACCGUAUAGAUUGGGAACUAAUGAACAAGAAUUUUGUCAGCCGGCCUGACUGGAAAUAUGAUAUACAUCAAACCAUCGACGAAGUUUUACCCGAAAAACCUGUGAUAGUUUUGAAGGAUAAAGAUGUUGCUUCUUGUAUCUCGACAUCUUUCACGUUUAUUUCAUCAAGGGGAAACGUAGGCGAACUCCUUGAAGGCCAGCUCGUGCUUCGUUCAGAUAGUCGCAGAACUUCGGCGCCAAUAUAUCUCAGCGAGGUUAAGAUCACUUUUGAGGGUUGUUUACCCCCAAUUAGAAUACUAGCUGAUGACGACGCGGAGGCAUCUGAAGCUUCCCACACGCUUUCGUCGGUAGUGUUAGGGGAUGCGGUAUCGGUUCCAUCUGAUGACCAGACUCCAAAAGCCUGCACAGAGAUGAGAGGCAAUGCCAAUCUUUCACUUUUCGCAGGACAAACAAGUGCGGUCACCCUGACUUUGGUCCCCCGCGAGGCUGGCCAUGUUCGGGUGGCCUCGAUUACUUUGGUGGUGGCGGAUGAUAAAUUCGGCCUCACUUACACUAAUACCAACAGUUCCUACCCACAGCCUAGGCGGUGGACUAAAAGCAAAGGAGGCGCUAUCGCGAGGCGGAUUGGGAAGGAUAGAGAUCCCUCAUAUUGCCAUAUCCUGCCAAAACCGCCAAAGGUACUGAUCUCGGUCCCCGGCCUUCGUGAUAUGUACUACUCAGGUGAGAGAGCAGGGUUAAAUAUAAGACUUGACAACAAUGAGGAUGCAGCAGCGACAAUCGUUGUCGAGGUAAAGCUCAGCGGACGGUCAGAGUCCCUUGCUGCAAUAAGCUGGCUGGAUGGCGUUGACUCCGAUGAACAAUCUGAAGGAAUGUCAGCGUCUCAGACAACGGGAGCGACUACUGGUAUUACAACCCAGACUAUCCGGCGCAAAGUAGCUGAAAUAGGGCCAGGCGAGCACACCGUCCUACCAGCGGUUAUUAUCGAGGCGCCUCACCCGAUGCAAUACGACUUGGAAAUAAGUGCGUUUUAUCACCUUAACUCUGAUCCGGAAACUCCAAUAUCCAAGAUGAUCUCGCUAGAUCUGCCGUUUAUUCAGCCAUUUGAAGCGAACUAUAAAUUUCUCCCUCGACUACACCCUACGCCGUGGCCUGACUUCUUCCAUAUAGACGAAUCGAAGGACUCCAAGGAAUGGGACAGGCAACGGACCAACAUGCAACAACGAUGGCUGGUGAAUUCGACGUUGGUGUCAUUUGCACGGGAGGCUCUCCUCAUAGAAGAUGUUGCGCUGAGAGUCCUGAGCGAGGUAGCAGGCAAGGUGUGCUCCAUCACCUCGGAUGAAAGCAAACAGCCUGAGGAUAGGAGCAUUGGGCCAGAAGAACCUUUGAGCACCGAUUUCAUCGUCGACAUUGAACGUCUUGCGAUAGAUGACCGCCAGUCCGCCGCUCUGACUUUUGAGCUGGAUAUCAAAUGGCGUCGAGGUAUCAGCGAGCAAGAUGUUUCUAUAGCAGACGCACCCGAUCCCCUGCCGCCAAACGUAUCUCUUCCUCCAGAGACCGCGACGACAUCCCUGGCCAUCCCACGGUUUGUUAUACCGAUGAGCGAGCCUCGCGCUCUUGCAUCUUUAGGCGCGACCACAGGCCUCCCAGGUUUAAUUCAGAUAAACUACACGCUAGAAAACCCGUCUAUGCAUUUUCUGACCUUUAGCCUGACGAUGGAAGCUAGCGACCAGUUUGCGUUCAGUGGACCCAAGUCCCUCGCGGUGCAGCUUGUUCCGCUUAGCCGGCACACGGUGCAGUACAGCCUACUGGCGACGCGAAGGGGCGUAUGGAUACAACCGCAGCUCAUCGUAGUAGACUCAUACUACAACAAGACUUUGCAUGUACUGCCGACAGACGGCAUGAGAACGGACGAAAAGGGGCUCUUGGUGUGGGUGGACUGA